AUGUUUGGCAAUUCGAACCGUCACCUCAGCAAUAAUGCCACGGGCGGCGGCGGGAUCGGUGCGCGAGAGUUUACAUGGGUCGCGGAGCAGUUGCACCUCGAUCACGACACGGAAGCCACCAGUACCGAAGUUUCGCACGAAGAAGUACGGAAACCCACAACGAAGGAGCUCCGUUCCGCGGUGGAACCUGUGAGUACGCUGACGCUGGUGCUUCAACGUGCCAAAAAAGAAGAUUUGGAUGCGUCUGCGGCGGCUGCAGCGUCGAUCGUUGCAGCACCUCAGCGGUCCCCUCGGUCCCCACUUCGUCGGUGCAGCACCCACCUCAUCGACUUGUACAAUCAAACGUACUCCCCACCGCCAUCUCCUUCCAAGUCCACUCCUGCGCCGUCGUCCCCGAGCCGUCGAUCGUCGACUUCGAAAUCGCCUCAUCGCCGUCGAAGUUCCCAUCAUCCGAGGUCGCCGUCGCUCGCGUCAUGGUGUCCAUCCGAGCCAGAGCUUGACGCAGCCACGUUGUGGGAAAACACCCACAACGACAUUGUCAACCUUCAAUCCAAGCUCAGCGUCCGCGAACAGUUCAAGUUUGCGCCGCCCGCGCCGCAUGCGCUGGGGUGUCGGGAAUGCGGCUCGAAGGACCUCGCGGCGUUCUGCUGGAAAGGAUGCCGCAACUUUACCCCGCUGGACGAGCUCUACAGCACGAACGAGUCGAUGGUCGAGAAGCAGCAGGACUUGGAAGCAACGGUGUACUCGCAGGGAAUAGCCCUGCACACGACCGACAUGAAGCUCAAGGAGCAAGAGCAGAGUCUGCAUCUACUACAGCACGAAAUCUUUCGCCUCGUCGAGUGGGCGAGGGGCCACCGCGGUCCCCAGCUGCCACCCCAUACGCCAGAACAAACUCCAUCGUCGACGCUUCUAGCGGUCAAGGCCAUGCAUCACCAGUUUGACUUGGAUGGAGACGGGGUUUUGUCCAUGGACGAGAUGAACAAACUCAAGGCCGCACUCGGCCAUCGCACCAAGUACACAUCCGAGUCGUUUGACCACCUGCUCGUAUCGUGCAAACUGUCUGCUCGUCCCGUUCGAUUCAACGAAGGGGGCAGCGGAAUGCAAGUGGGCAUCACCCCCGAAGGGCUCCUUCAGCUGUACGAUGUGGUCGGCGGGUCUAUCCUGGCGCAGGACUUGCAUACAUUGGAGAUCCACAUCGGACGAUCCGAGCACAGUGCGACGUCGCUCGAGGCGUCGCAUGCGCUGCUGAUGGAGCUCAAGGCAGACUUGACCGUCGCCCUUGAGAGCCAAGCGCAGCUGCGCACAGAAGUCGAGGACAAAAGUAAAGCGCUGGCACGACUGCGCGAGUCGGUCCAGGCGAUGACCGUGCACGCAUCAUCCCACCAGGAAGAAAUCAACAUGGCAAGGAAUGGCCAGAAACGAGUGCAAGACGAGUUAGACGUGCUCAAGAAGACAUUCGACGACUACGUGCACACCAACACGCACUCCAAGGUCGAGAUGGCGAGCUCCCAGCAGGCCGCCCUCGAGAUGCGCCGACUCUUGGAAAUCCAAAUCGACGAGACGGAAACGUGGCAGCGCCAGUGCUGGGCAUUGCAGGAGCAGCUGAACGUGGCGACGACGACAUGCACCGAGCACAAGCAAAAGCUGUGGCAAACCACAGAGGCCAAAAAGUCGGAAGAGCGCAAGAACAUGCUGUUGUACAUGCAAGCGCAGCUGGGCAAGAAGCACUCGCCGUGUCCAACCGCAUAA